AUGUAUCAGCUAGUUGAACAGUUUUUGAAAUUAAAGCCCACUAAAUUUGAUGGUAAGGGCGACGUUGAGGUUGCAUCACUGUGGGUAGAGGAGUUAGAGAAGGCCUUUGAUGUACUAGGGUGCACCGAGGAAGAGAAAGUGACCUUGGCGAUGUAUCAACUCCAAGGGAAUGCAAUUAAUUGGUGGAAAGCCAUCAGAGGAAGGGUGUUCCCGGCUGGUACCGCCCAAACUUGGGCGAUGUUUGUGGAAGUUUUCAAUGGUAAAUACUUUUCUGAGAGUGCUCGGGAACAGAAGUUAGCCGAGUUUAUGAGGCUUCGUCAGGGACAGAGGAAUGUAGAUCAGUAUGAGGCUGAAUUCGCUCGAUUAUCUAUGUUUGCUCCAAGGAUGGUGGAGGACCCGUUGGAUAGGGCUCGGAGGUUUCGAGAUAGUUUGAAGCCGGACCUUCGCAGCCAAAUGAUUUCGUUAAAUUUGAGGGAUUAUAACGAGAUCUAUGAUCGGGCCCAAGCGAUUGAGCGCGACUUGGCGGAUAGGGCUGCCACUUCUGGGUCAAGAUUUGCUCAAGAAAAAGACAUGGAAGUGGACCUUGUUCGAGCAGGGGUGAAGCUUGUUUUGGAUGUGGCGGGUUUGGUCAUCAGAAUAAGGUCUUGCCCCAAUAUCAAGUAG